AGCACAGAGGAUAACUUUCUAUUAUUAAACUGGAUUGAAUUUUCAGAAGUCUGUGCCUCUUCUCUAUUUUACUUUUUAUUUUUAUCUUUUUCUUUUAACUGGAGCAAUUUACAAGAAGUUUGAAAAUCACAAUCUAAUAUGACUGCGGUAAAAACUGGCGAACUGCAACAAUGCCGUUGGAAUAUAGGACAAAAAAACAAAAUAGGAUGAUAUUUUCUUUUUUGGCUGGAGCAGACGAAGCCAAAGAGGUUAGCUAGGCCACAAUUGACCAAUGACCACUCUUUAAAUUUGUGCUCUAAAUAUCAUUAUCGAAUUUGCUUGGUUACAGGACAUUAAAUCCCUACGCCGGAGUAACUUGUUGAUUGUUCAUUCUUGUACCGACCUCGGGUAUACGAGGGUUGCAUUUUGCACGAGCUGAAAUAUAAUUGCUAUCCUAGUGUGCAUCUUGAUGUGUACUUCUGUGCUCCACUGCUAUUAACAUGUGCUUUGGUGAUAAGGGGUUUUGUCGCAUUAAAAUUCAUCAUCAAGAAAGAGGUAUUUUUUCACCUAAAAAACCAUCAUCGUGUAACAAUUACUUUUUGUGGUUCUAGAACAUUUUCAUAAGCAAUAUAUAUAUUUGCCUAAGCAAAUGCACCAUACAAUAUAUUACCUGGACGGCUGGACAUUCUCUCAGAUAUCCAAUUAAGUGGUUGCAAAUGAGGCUAAGAGAAAUUAGCUAUGAGCAUAGGUGCCAAAAUGUCCAUAGUGUUGUGGUUUUGAAUGAUGAAGGCCCCACUGACCAACAGUAUGAGCCAUCCUCAAAUAUCAACUAUUCGGAAGUUCCUAAAGUGAUGCAAAGUCAGUUGUUUUUAAAUUCUAAACCUGGUUUGCAUAACCAUACCAACCUAGAGGUGGAUGACGUGAAUGAUUAUGCACCGUGUGUCUUGGAUGUUGAUAUUGAGAAAGGAAUGGCAGAAAGUCUCAAGUCCAAUGUCGAAACUGUUGCUACUUUAACGUCUGAUGAUUCCUUACAGAAGGCAUUACAUAGAGAUAUCUGCUUACAUAUAGGCGGAAAAUUCAUGCAGCUCUUGAUGAACCAUGGGAUUGAGUUACCCAAGUUCACUUCAAGAGAAAGAGUCUAUGAUGCAGCUUCUAGUAGGUCAAGGAAAUACAAGCGAUCUCAGUCAUUCAACUCAAGAAGAAUACUUCUCCUGUUCUCUGUCAUGUCCAGCAUGGGAACAAUCAUUCUAAUUUAUCUGACACUGAGAGUGAGGCUAGUCAGUGAUGGAUCCGGUAAUGUCUGAAUAUUUUCUGCAAUCCUUUUGUGAGAGGAUCUCUCUAGGACCACACAGUAGCUUUCUUUUUUCUUUACAUUGUGCUUAUUAUUUUCAAUUCUUGGUUCUGCUUUGUAAGUUUUUUCAUUAGUGUACAUAUAGAAGACCUGAUCUUCACUUAAGACAGACAUUCCAUUCUAUCUUCUUCUCCUGUAUGCAAAAAUUCAGUUUCUCUUGAUAAUCCAUACAAGUUUUUCCCUUGUAA